AUGAAUGUCCACGAGCUUCGAAUGCACGAAACCCACGAAGGAACCAAGACUCCCGGAACCCCCUUGCUUAACCCUCUCCAUGAAUCUGUUAUCAAUCGGCUCGAUCCUGCCUUUGUCAGGCUAUACAAUGACUACAUCGCAAAUGGCCCUCCCACCUCUACCGAUCUAGCCGUCGUUCGGCAAAACUACUCUGCCCUCUACUCCUACGCAGCAGCCCCCGCAACCGGUGUCGGUGGGAUUGGAGAAACACAGGUGCCUGGUUGGGACAAAUACCAAGGAGAUAUCAAUGUGCGAGUCUAUGUGCCGCCGGGAGAAGAGCCGGGACAGCGCAAAGUAUGGCCGGUCCAUUUUAAUUUCCAUGGUGGAGGAUGGGCUGUAGGUGAUCUCGAGACCGAUGCACAUGUCUGCCACCACGUCUGUGCUUCGGUGCCUUGCUGUGUCAUUGACAUCGGAUAUCGGUUGAUUCCCGAAUACCCGUUUCCCAUUGGAAUCAUGGACAGUCUCAGUGCUGUGGCGCAUAUCCUUGCAAAUCACAAGACGUUCUCCAUCGACCCAGGUAACAUGACUUUUGGCGGAGAAUCUUCCGGUGCCACCAUCGCUCUCAUUCUGAAUCACCUGUUUCGAGACGGCGGCUUCGGCGAGAAGUUAAAGGGCGUCAUCGUUGGGACUCCCACCAUCAGCGAUGUGAGGAAAUAUGCCACACCCGACAUGAGCCCCUGGCCAAGCAUGCGAGAGGCCGAAUUUGCACCCCUGCUAAAUUGGGACAAGUUGAAGUGGUUUGACACUUUCAAAUGGAUCUCCAUUUCAAGCCCGCGACCUACGAAACCCAAGGAGCAAAAACGGGAUAUCUCCUGGUUCGCGGAUGCGAUGAACGCUCCUGACUUCACGAACCUGGCGCCCCUGACCUAUCUAGCAACGGCCGAGGUUGACCCACUAAGAGAUGAAGCUGAAGCAUAUGCAAAAAAGAUGAAGGAAGCCGGCAACAGAGUCGUCUUGAGAAGGUUCAAAGGAGUCCCGCACCACUUUAUGCAUAUGGACCGAGUCCUUCCUCAGGGUCGUGAAUAUGUUCAGGAUGUCAUCUCACAUAUUCGACGGUGCUUAUAUCCCCCACUUUCACCUCCGGCUCCUGCCAUCACCGCUCCGCCUGAAACCUGA